AUGUCCACAUAUGACGAAGACGAGGCUCUUUUUGAGGAUAUCUACGAUGAGGAUACCAAGGUAGAGACGAAGUCGUCCGAGCAACCCCCACAGGUUGAGCAAACAUCAGCAAGCACGGCUCCUGACACGGAAGCCAAAUCUGAGACUGGUUCAGCAGAAAGCGCUCCACCACCGCCACCACCACCUUCGGAAUCUGCCAACGCUGAACAACUCCCUGCGCCACAAGCUGAGGCGCCCCAACAGCAGCAUCAAUCAGCACCUUACGAUCCACAGCCACAGCAAGUACCAAAUCAAUUUACUCCAGGUCAGCUGUAUCAGCAAUACCCGCAACAGGGGGGGUACCAGCAGCCUCAGCAGCCUCAGCAGCCCCAAUACCAACAACCACCGCAGCCACAGGAACCUAAUAGGAUGCCUCCAUCAUCUAUAGGUAAGGAGAGUGGAAAGAUGUUUAUUGGUGGUCUCAAUUGGGAUACCACAGAAGAAGGAUUGGUUAGCUACUUCUCUAAAUAUGGAGAGAUUUCGGAUUAUACUAUCAUGAAGGACCCAAGCACUGGAAGAUCGCGUGGGUUCGGGUUUUUGACAUUCAAGGACCCAAGGGCGGUAGAAGAAGUUAUUAGGAAAGAUCAUAUUUUAGACGGAAAAUUAAUUGACCCUAAAAGAGCUAUUGCAAGAGAAGAACAAGACAAGGUUGGUAAAAUAUUCGUCGGUGGUAUAGACCCGCUAGUGAAUGAGAAGGACUUCCAUGACUUUUUCUCUCAGUACGGCCGUAUUAUUGAUGCUCAGCUCAUGAUUGACAAGGACACAGGCAGAUCCCGUGGAUUUGGUUUCAUCACCUUCGAUUCCCCUGACGCAGUAGAUAGAGUUUGUGUUAACAAAUAUUUAACUUUAAAAGGCAAAGCAAUGGAGGUUAAGCGUGCUGAACCCAGGGGCCUGCACCAGCAGAACCACCUGAACCAAGGGUAUCACCAGCAACAGCAACAGCUACAACAACAACAGCAGCAGUACAACCCUUAUGGACAAUUUCCAAUGCAGAUGCCGGGCGCCGGCAGUAUGCCGGGAUUUCAAGGUGCUACACCAGAAAUGAUGCAAGAGUAUUGGCAGAGAAUGCAAUGGUACAUGUUCCAGCAACAACAAGCUUCUGCUCAAGGUGACAACACUCAGCAGCCAGUACAGCAACCUUUGAACCCUCAGGAACAGGCCGCUGAGCAAGAAGUUGGAAAUGAUGAAAGAGAAAGUGGGGCAGGAAACGACAACGGAAGAGAAAGGAGCUACGAUGGCGGUGAUGGAGACCGUCGUGAAAAUCAUCGUGAUAGACGUCGCGGUCCCAAUGACAGAACUCCACCAAGUGGUCCAAGCGGCGACAACGGUGAUGGCCGAAGAAUGAAUUUGCCUAAGGGUCCCAAGCGUGCGCCACCUGCUGGUCCCUCGAGUGGUAGAGGAAGAGGUGGUUACAGAAGCCGCGGUGGCUAUCAUCCGUAUGGAAAGAAGGGAAGAAGAUAA